AGGCGUGGGUAAGUGGGAGGGGUGCUAGUUAAAGCGCGUCUCUGCGGCUCGUCCUUCCACAGAGCCCUUCUCUUUCGGCUCCGGCGCAGCUCGUCUGUUGUACCUGGUGGUUUGUCCUCUGUCCUCUGUCCUCUCCUCUUCGUCUUUAUCAUGGCUGCGGUCAGGACCCUCAGAAAACUGUGCCAACACUCGCAGCACCAGGUCUGCCAACUGCACACGAGCGCGGCAAGACAAGAGGCUGUGGUGAUCUCGGGGAGGAAGCUUGCACGGCAGAUCCGAGAGGAGACGCGGGUGGAGGUGGAGAAAUGGGUGCUAGCGGGGAACAGGAGACCCCAUCUAAGUGUGGUGCUGGUGGGGGAUGACCCAGCUAGUCACUCCUACGUCCUCAACAAGACCCGGGCUGCUGCGGAUGUUGGUAUCUCCAGUGAGACCAUCCUGAAGCACUCAUCCACCAGUGAGGAAGCCCUGCUGGACCUCAUUGACAAACUCAACUCAGACCACCGCGUGGACGGGCUGCUAGUACAGCUACCUCUGCCUGAUCACAUUGACGAGCGCACGAUCUGUAACGCUGUGGCACCUAUCAAGGAUGUGGAUGGUUUCCAUGUGGUGAACGUGGGCCGCAUGUGUCUGGACCAGGCCACCAUGCUGCCUGCCACCCCGUGGGGCGUGUGGGAGAUCAUUAAGCGCACAGGGAUCCCCACACUGGGGAAGAAUGUGGUGGUGGCCGGACGCUCUAAGAAUGUGGGCAUGCCCAUCGCUAUGCUGCUGCACACGGAUGGGCGUCAUGAGAGGCCUGGAGGUGAUGCCACAGUGACCAUCUCGCACCGGUACACGCCCAAAGAACAGCUCUGCCAGCACACCAAAAUCGCUGAUAUCAUUGUAGCUGCAGCAGGAAUCCCUAACUUGAUCACUGCAGAUAUGAUCAAAGACGGAGCAGCUGUCAUUGAUGUGGGAAUAAACCGGAUACAGGACCCAGUGACCGGGAAGAGCCGGCUGGUGGGAGAUGUGGACUUUGAAGGUGUGCGACAGAAGGCAGGCUUCAUCACCCCAGUGCCUGGAGGUGUGGGGCCCAUGACUGUGGCCAUGCUGAUGAAGAACACGGUGAAAGCCGCUAAGAAUAGCCUGCUGUGCCCCCCUGAGAGGCUGCGCAUGGCUGCCGCGUCCUAAUUGGCCGUGGGUGCACCCAAGGGUCCUGCUCCACUGACAUUCCACCCCCUCCCUCCCCCACAGUUUAUCGGAGAGCUUCCUGGAGCUCCUUUGCACAUAGACAGGGAGACACACAACGCCAGUCCAGCCAUAUUGAAACUGUUACUGACUCCGCAGCUGAAAUUUUACCCUAUGCCAUUAUUUAUCCAUUUUUUAAAAAUGUCUGUGGAACAACACACAGACUUUUUAGAGUUAUUUAUUACUGCAGUAUUUAAGUGGAGAAAUUUGACAGUUUCUUUUAUUUUUAUUUCACUGGUGGUUUAGCCUUAGUUACAAAGGGCUACCAAAAUCAGGUCUGAAGAUAUAUAGAAUAUCAGCUUUAAGAAUUCACAAUUGCCUUUGUAAAGACUUUGAAUAAAUAUUACAGUAUCUUGUCA